UUCGUUCAUGCGACGAACACGCGAAGAAUAUUUUUUAUUUAUAAAUACUCAGGCCCCGUGCCAAAAUGCAGGAUUCUCAGCCUAAACGUUUAUCCUUGACAUUUAAUCGAGUCAAAAAUUCAUGUUUAUUCGUUUGAUAAUAUAAAUACAUGUUGUUCGUCAAAUAAAAAGUAUCUAAUCUUUCUCUGUGAUAAUCGGGCAAAAUCUGUAUCAAACAUCUGAGCCCAUCUUCAGAUGAAUGAAUAGUGACGUCAUAAAUUAUCAGCUGUCUAAGAAAGACCACGUCGCGGGGUUCGUUAAAGUGUCGCGUAUCGGCUUGUUGGCAGGCCACAAAAUCGAAAAAUCUUUUUUCGUUGUUGGCAUAACAACUUUACACAAUGGAUUUUAGCAUAACUAUAUUGUAUGCUAGCGAAACCGGAACUGCUCAAGAUGUGGCGGAACAAAUCUGGAAAAGUGCCAAAAGGAAAGGAUUGUACAGCACAAUAUCCACAUUAGAUGAUUAUGAUUUAGCUAAUUUUGAUUCUGAACAUUUAAUGGUUUUCGUUAUUGCGACAACAGGACAAGGUGAUCCUCCUGAUAAUAUGAAACAAUUCUGGAGAUUUUUAUUACGCAAAAGCCUUCCUCCUUCUAUGCUUAAUAAUAUUCGAUAUGGUGUUAUUGGUCUUGGUGAUAGUUCAUAUAAAAAAUUUAAUUUUGCUGCGAAAAAGCUUAAUAAAAGGCUAGCACAGCUUGGUGGAAUACAAUUGUUACCGAUAGGUUUAGCUGAUGAUCAACAUGACUUAGGUAUAGAUGCUGUUGUUAGUCCCUGGGUACAGAAAUUGUGGGAAAAGAUUGGGCUUAUAUAUAAUAUCCCUGAUAUAAAUGUAUCUAAUAAUAUUGAAGGAAUAAUUGAAAGAUAUAAUAUUUCUAUAGUUAAUGGCAGUAAAGAAAAAUCACUAACAGAAAUAGCUUGUUAUUUAGAGACUGAUAUUUAUAAAGAAGAAAUGAAUAUAAAAGAUGAAAUGAAAAUAGGUGUUAUAAUUGAAAAUGCAAGAACCACUGCCGCAGAUCAUUUUCAAGAUGUUAGAUUAAUUAAAAUUCAAAGAGAAGAUAUUAUAUAUGAACCAGGAGAUAUAAUUUAUGUAAGACCAAAGAAUUCUUUGAAACAGAUUGAGAAAUUCUUUAAUGUAUUGAACGAUAAUAACAUUUUAAUUUAUCCUGAUAUGAUUGUUCAGGUGUCUGAAAGACAAAUAAAAGUACCGUACGUUUUAAAACAAACUUUAACCCUAGGUGAAAUUGUUGCACAGUAUUGGGAUUUGAAUUACAAACCACGAAGAUCUACAUUCGAAAUAUUAUAUCAAAUUAGUGAUAAUGAUUUGGAAAAAGAAAAGCUUCACGAAUUUACAAUGCCCAGUGGUCAAGAAGAAUUAUAUGAUUAUGUAAAUAGACCACGAAGAAAUAUCAUAGAAGUUUUAGCAGACUUUCCUCAUACCACGAGUAAAUUAAAUAUACAAAUAUUAUUUGAAAUCAUGUCACCAAUAAAGCCACGUGCUUUCAGUAUCGCAUCGAGCGCGAUAAAUACAAAAAAUGAAAUACACAUAUUAGUUGCCGUUGUUAAUUAUAAAACAAAACUAAUAGAGCGUAGAUUAGGUCUAUGUUCGAAUUGGCUAGCAAAUUUAAAAGUUAAAAGUAAAAUCAUUUUUUGGAUACGUAAAGGAACUUUUAUAUUUCCGUCCAAUGUGCCAAAAAUUCUCAUUGGACCUGGUACAGGCAUUGCACCAUUUAGAUCGUUACUUUUAGAGAAAGCUGCCACGAAACAAGAUCUUACCACGUGCUUAUUAUUUUUUGGAUGUAGAUAUAAAGACAAAGAUUAUCAUUUUAAAGAAGAUUUUAUUAAUUUAACCAGCACAACUGGUUUAAAAUUAUUUUGUGCAUUUUCUAGAGAUCAAGAACAUAAAAUAUAUGUUCAACAUAUUAUACGUGAAAAUAAUUUUUUAUGUUGGGAAUUUCUUCAAAAUGGCGCCAAUAUUUAUUUGGCAGGAAGUGAACCUGUACGUCUUUCACCAGGUUGGGAAGGAACCGGAAGACCUGAUGACGAAUUAAACUUUAAAGGUGUAACAAUGGAUCAAGCUGAUUUAGAAAUAAAUCCUCCGCGUGACAGAUUAAAUUUAGUAUUUUCGAUACUAAUACUUCAUGGAAUUGGUAUUCUAAUGCCAUGGAAUAUGUUUAUAACAGCAAAAGAUUAUUUUGUCAAUUAUAAGUUAUCCAAAGAAUACACAGAAAUUGAGUCUAAUUAUUCAACAAAUUUUUUGUCAUAUCUGGGAUUUGCCUCGCAAAUCCCAAACUUGUUAUUUAAUUGGUUAAAUAUAUUUAUAAAACUCAGAGGAAAUUUGACAACACGUAUAGCAUGGGGCAUCUUUGUACAAAUUUUAAUAUUUUUAUUUACCGUUAUAUUGGCAAUGAUGGACACUUCUCAAUGGCCUGGAAUUUUCUUCUGGAUUACUAUGAUUUCUGUUAUAAUAUUAAACAUUGCUAAUGGGAUUUAUCAAAAUUCGGUAUUUGGAAUGGCUGCUAAACUUCCUGGUAAAUAUACGGGAGCUGUUAUUUUGGGCUCGAAUAUAAGUGGAACAUUCACAGCUGUGAUUAAUCUUAUUUCUCAAAUUAUGGCACCAAAUGCACGGACUGCUGCUAUCUAUUACUUUAUAACGGCUUUAUUUAUUCUUCUAGCCUGUUUUGACACUUAUUUUGCUCUUCCAUUAAAUAGAUUUUAUAGAUAUCACGAAUUACUUCAUCAAAAAGAGUUAAAUAAAAGACAACUGGAGAAUAGUACAAGAGGGAAGAAAGAAGAGCUACCUUAUUGGAAAAUAGUUUUGCAGUGUUCUUCUCAGCUUUUUAACAUAUUUAUUGUCUUUUUCGUUACUCUUGCUUUAUUCCCAUCUGUUCAAUCUGAUAUAAAACGUUCAAGUGCAGAAUUCAUAGUUCCACUUGAUUUUUAUGUUAGCAUUAUGUGCUUUCUGACUUUCAACGUUACCGCUAUGAUUGGUAGUUCCAUAGCAUCUAUCGUUCAAUGGCCCAGUGAAAAGUAUCUGAUAAUUCCAAAUAUGUUACGGAUAUUCUAUAUACCAGUGUUUCUAUUCUGUAAUUAUUAUCCAGCAGAAACAAAGAGAUAUUUGCCAGUGUUUAUUGACAAUGAUUGGGCAUAUUUGAUUAUUGGCAUUACAAUGGGUAUCUCUCAUGGUUAUUUUUCCUCAAUCUCAAUGAUGUAUUGCCCUAGAAUGGUAGAACCACAAUACGCAUCGAUAGCCGGUAUGUUUGGCGCAGCUUCACUUGUCACUGGCAUUUUUAGUGGAAUUUUGUUUUCUUUUGUUAUGCCAGUUAUUAUAUCAUGGGGACAUUGAAUAUUUCCCGAAUAACUUUCUCUGAACAUGCCUCAUAUCUCUGGGAUUAUUUCAAAUGAUUUCGAUUAAUGCCAAAGAUCGUUAUUACACAAUCAGAAUUUUUUUAUGGAUUAGAAAAAAUGAAAAAGAUCAAAGGUACAGAAUUUCUUGGCAAUCAUUGCAAACAAUAUUUCAAUAUAGAGUAACUUGUUCAAAAUAUCCUAAUCAAUUGGACCAAUCAGCUUUAACAAGAAAAUUGCAUCAUAUUAGGUUCUACAGAAACGCUUAAAUUAAAUAUAAGCCGCUGGAGAGUAAGCACACAAUUGAAUUCUUUAAAUUUUGUUAUUAAAUAUUUCAAUUUUAAAUCAAAUUAAAACAAUAACCAUCUUAAGUUUAAGUAAAUUUUUUCUACUUUAAAGAAAUAAAAAAAAAAA